CAAAGGAAGGAAAUACUCCGGCUGAGGCGACUGGGAAUUGGGCCUGGGGCUCGCGACCGGAAGCAGCCUGGGGGCGGGCCUCACGCUGGAAGUGCUCGCCGCCAGGCUGGUUCCACCGCUUAGGUGGUGGGAGAUGCGCGGGCGGCCGCAGGCGAGGAGCCGGGUCGCUGGUCCGCAGUCCGGAGGCAGGUCGGCUGUGGGGCGGAGCGGCUGCCCCGCCGUCAGACCAUGGCCCCGACCCAGCCGUGGGGAGAGCGGCUCCUCAGCCUGCGGGUGACCCCCGCUGGGGUGUUCGGCGUGGCCUUCCUCGCCCGAGUCGCCCUGGUUUUCUACGGGGUCUUCCAGGACCGCACGCUGCUCGUGAGGUACACGGACAUCGACUACCAGGUCUUCACGGACGCCGCGCGCUUCGUCACCGAGGGGCGCUCCCCGUACCUGCGGGCGACCUACCGCUACACUCCCCUGCUCGGGUGGCUCCUCACCCCCAACAUCUACCUCAGCGAACUCUUCGGGAAGUUUCUCUUCAUCAGCUGCGACCUGCUCACGGCUUUCCUCCUAUACCGCCUGCUGCUGCUCAGGGGGCUGGGGCGCCGCCAGGCGUGCGGCUACUGCGCCUUUUGGCUGCUUAACCCGCUCCCCAUGGCGGUGUCCAGCCGGGGCAACGCGGACUCGAUCGUCGCCUCGCUGGUGCUGACGACGCUGUACCUGCUGGAGAAAGGGCGCGUCGCGGCGGCCGCGGUGGCCUAUGGGUUCGCCGUGCACGUGAAGAUCUACCCCGUGACCUACAUCCUUCCCAUAAUCCUCCACCUGCCCCCAGAGCAGGGCCGCGACCCGAGCCCCCGCGCCUCCCGGCGUUCCCUCCAGGCCGGUUGGCGCGCCUUCCUGACGCGGCUGUGGGAUCGGGCUGUGCUGCUCUUCGCAGCGGUGGCCGGGCUCACCUUCGCCGCCCUGAGUGUCGGUUUUUACUGUAAAUACGGCUGGGACUUCCUGGAGCACACCUACCUCUACCACCUGACCCGGCGGGACAUCCGCCACAACUUCUCCCCGUACUUCUACCUGCUGUACCUGACCGCCGAGAGCGCGGGCGGCCUUGCCCUGGGCCUGGCGGCCUUCCUGCCCCAGGCCGUCCUGCUGGCGGUGGUGUCUUUCGCCUACCACAGGGACCUUGCCUUCUGCUGCUUUCUUCACACGGCCAUUUUUGUGACGUUUAACAAAGUCUGCACCUCGCAGUACUUCCUGUGGUACCUCUGCCUGCUGCCCCUGGUGAUGCCGCUGGUGCGAAUGCCCUGGAGAAGGGCGGUGGUGCUCCUGGUGCUGUGGUUCGCGGGGCAGGCCCUGUGGCUGGCACCGGCCUAUGUGCUUGAGUUUCAAGGAAAGAACACCUUUUUGUUUAUCUGGUUAGCUGGCUUGUUCUUCCUUCUUAUCAACUGUUGCAUCCUCAUUCAGAUCAUUUCCCAUUACAAGGAGGAACCGCUGGCGGAGAGACGCAAACAUGACUAGUGUAUGCUCCGGUUCGUCUGCCACUUCCAUCUCUUACGUGCUGGUGGUUCUGAAUGGACCAGAAGAGAGCUUUGGACAAAUGUUGAGCAUCCUAAGCACGCCCGUGAAAGUUCGGUUUGGAGCCUAAUAUCUGUUCCAACGAAUUAAGAUAAAUGUUUACUUAUGUAUAAAGGGGACUCAGAAAUUGGGGCCCACCUUUAGGAAAUGGAAGGGCUGUUUGAAAAUGGAAGGGCUGAUUAAACUUUCGGAUGUUAAAA